AUGAGCGGUUCUAUGAAACUAUGGCAAUUACGUUCAGAACUCUGGCAGGAUUGGUAUCCCGAAGUUGUGCAGGUGACCUACCUCGUAAAUCCACCACGACUUGACAUCUCACCCGGAGAGUUCUUCACCAUCCCAAUCAUUGUACCAGAUGGGAAAAGUCUAUUAUGGGAUUUCACCACGAGUGGAGAAAUCGAAUUUUUCGUUUAUAAAGAUAAGGAUGAGCGUCAUCUCGUUUACCCGCGCUUACGAUUGGUCACUGCAAAACUUGCCGAAGAAGGUGUUCUGCCCAACUUGCCCGGUGGAGAGUACUCAUUAGUGUUUGGAAAUCGUGGCACAUAUUUUACGACCAAACUUGAGUAUGCUAUCACACUCGUCUAA